AUGAACCAAAGCAGCAAGGCAUCAAAGCAGCCACAAAUCGAAGAAGUAGCCAUGCCCAUUCCAAAGGACGACCCACGAGUGGCUCUGGUCAAGACUUCCUUCGUCAUCUACGAGCAUGUAGAUCUUGCCAAAGCUGAACAAUUCCUCCUGGACUUUGGCCUUCACGUCGUCCAACGCAGCGAGGGCGGUGACGAAAUAUAUUUCGCCGGCUAUGGACCGGAUCCGUUCCUCUAUCUCGCCAGAAAAUCAAGCACACCCGGCGAGUCGAAGUUCUGUGGUGCUGCAUAUCUGGUCGAAAGCCGAGAUGAUCUCGAGAAAGCUUCUCGUAUACCAGGCGCGUCCGAAAUCCAGUCAAUGAGUGCCAUGCCAGGAGGAGGGGAAAUGUUGACUUUGCAUGAUCCGAGCGGCAUUCCAGUGCACCUUGUGCAUGGUCAGGAUCAGAAACCGACAGAGGAGAUGAAGCUGCAGAAGCUUGUGAUCAAUUUCGAAGACGAGAAGCCACGGAAAGGCAGGUUUCACCGCUUCAAGCCAGGACCCGCACCAGUACACAAAUGGGGCCACUACGGCGUCACUUAUACUGCGCCAGUGACCUAUCAGAUCAUGUUCGACUGGUACACCACGCAUCUAGCAUUGGCGCCUUCUGACAUCGUCUUUCGCGGUGAGGAACCAGUAACUACAUUCUUCCAUAUCGAUCGUGACGAGGAGUAUACGGACCACCAUGCCUUCUAUUUCAAGCCUGCGAAGCCGGGCCAGAAGCCAACUGUCUCUCACUCAGCAUUCGAGGUACACGAUAUCGACAUUCAGCAGUUAGGCCACGACUAUCUUACGUCAAAGGGCUACAAGCUCUGCUGGGGCGUUGGAAGGCAUAAGCUUGGAAGUCAAGUGUUCGACUACUGGUUUGAUACCAGCGGGUUCAUGUUGGAGCACUAUGCUGAUGGAGAUUUGGUCAACAAGGAUACACCAGUAGCACAUGAGCAGAGUGGGCCGACUACACUAUCAAUGUGGGGACCUCCUGUGCCCGAGGAAUUCUGA